CCGGGUCGCGCCAUCAUGGGGGCAGAGAAGAGGCUGCUGCCCAUUAAGGAGGCCUUCCAGCUGGCGCAGCAGCCGCACCAGAACCAGGCGAAGCUGGUGGUGGCGCUGAGCCGUACCUACCGCACGACAGAAGAUAAAGUAAGUUUUCACGAGGAGUUCGUUCAUCACCUUAAGUAUGCGAUGGUGGUGUAUAAACGCGAGCCGGUCGUGGAGAGGGUGAUCGAGUUUGCAGCGAAGUUUGUUACCUCGUUUCACCAGUCAGAUGUGGAAGAUGAUGAAGAGGAAGACACAGGCCUUUUAAAUUACUUGUGUACUUUCCUAUUAAAGUCUCAUGAAGCAAACAGCAAUGCAGUUAGAUUUAGAGUGUGCCAGCUCAUAAACAAGCUCUUGGGAAACAUGCCAGAAAAUGCUCAGAUUGAUGAUGAUUUGUUUGAUAAGAUUAAUGAAGCCAUGCUUAUUAGAUUGAAAGAUAAAAUUCCAAAUGUGAGGUUACAGGCAGUUCUGGCUCUUUCACGACUUCAGGAUCCCAAAGAUGAUGAAUGCCCAGUGGCUAAUGCAUAUGCUACUUUGAUUGAAAAUGAUUCAAAUCCAGAAGUUAGGCGGGCAGUGCUGUCAUGUAUUGUACCAUCAGCAAAGACUUUGUCAAAAAUUGUAGGACGCACCAAGGACGUGAAAGAGGCUGUCAGAAAGCUGGCUUAUCAGGUUUUAGGUGAAAAGGUUCAUAUGAGAGCAAUGUCCAUUGCUCAGAGAGUAAUGCUCCUUCAACAAGGUCUUAAUGACAGAUCAGAGGCUGUCAAACAAGCAACGCAGAAGCAUCUUCUCCAGGGCUGGCUGCGUUUUGCUGAAGGAAAUGUAUUAGAGUUACUUCAUCGGUUGGAUGUGGAAAAUUCUUCUGAAGUGGCAGUCUCUGUUCUCAAUUCCUUAUUUUCAGUGACUCCUCUUAAUGAACUGGCAGAAAUCUGUAAACAUAACGAUAACAGGAAAUUGAUUCCAAUGGAAACAUUAACUCCUGAAAAUGCUUUGUAUUGGCGUGCCCUCUGUGAAUAUUUGAAGUCAAAAGGAGAUGAAGGUGAAGAAUUUUUAGAGCAGAUUUUGCCAGAGCCCGUGAUAUAUGCAGAGUAUUUACUGAGUUAUAUUCAGAGCAUUCCAAUUGUUGAUGAUGGACACAGAAAUGAUUUUUCCUACAUUGGACAUUUGAUGACAAAAGAGUUCAUAGGUCAGCAAUUGAUUCUAAUUAUCAAGUCUUUGGAUACCAGUGAGGAAGGAGGAAGGAAACGAUUGCUGGCUAUUUUACAGGAGAUUCUUACUCUCCCCACAACCCCAAUGUCCCUAAUUUCUUUUCUUGUUGAGAGACUGCUCCACAUCAUUACAGAUGAUAAUAAGAGAACACAAAUUGUUACAGAAAUUAUCUCAGAGAUUCGGGCACCCAUUGUUACUGUUGGUGCUGAAAUUGACCCAGCUGAUGCAAGAAAGAAAGAACUCAAGAUGGCUGAAAUAAAAGUUAAACUUAUUGAGGCAAAAGAAGCUUUGCAAAAUUGCAUUACUUUACAGGAUUUUAAUCGAGCAUCAGAAUUAAAAGAAGAAAUAAAAGCAUUAGAAGAUGCCAGAGUAAGCCUGUUGAAAGAGACAGAGCAGCUUGAAAUUAAAGAAGUCCAUGUAGAGAAGAAUGAUGCUGAGACACUACAGAAGUGUCUCAUUUUGUGUUAUGAACUGUUAAAACAGAUCUCCACUUCAGCAGGGAUAAGUGCAACUAUGAAUGGCAUCAUUGACUCUUUGAUUCUUCCUGGCAUAAUAAGUGUUCAUCCUGUAGUAAGAAAUCUGGCUGUUUUAUGCUUGGGAUGCUGUGGCCUACAGAAUCAGAAUUUUGCAAGUAAACACUUUGUAUUACUCUUACAGGUUUUGCAAAUUGAUGAUGUGACAAUAAAAAUGAGUGCUUUAAAGGCAAUCUUUGACCAACUGAUGACAUUUGGGAUUGAACCAUUUACAACUCAAAAAGCAAAAGCUGUUCGAAACGAAGGUGCGGAAAUAAACACCAGUGAGGAGCAAGAGUCAGAAGAAGCUGGAGAAGUGACCGGCACAGCCAAGAAUGUUCUGAAACUCCUCUCCGAUUUCUUAGACAGUGAGGUGUCUGAACUCAGGACAGGAGCUGCAGAAGGACUGGCCAAGCUGAUGUUCUCUGGGCUCCUGGUCAGCAGCAGGAUUCUCUCCCGCCUCAUCUUGCUGUGGUACAAUCCUGUGACGGAAGACGACGUUCGACUUCGACAUUGCCUGGGCGUGUUCUUCCCCAUGUUUGCUUAUGCAAGCAGGACCAACCAGGAAUGCUUUGAGGAGGCCUUUUUCCCCGCCCUGCGAACACUGGCCAAUGCCCCUGCAUCCUCUCCUCUAGCCGAGGUAGACAUCUCCAACGUUGCCGAGUUACUUGUAGACUUGACAAGACCAAGUGCAUUACAUCCUCAGGCCAAGAAUUCCCAAGAUUACCAGGCCUUAACAGUUCAUGACAAUUUGGCUAUAAAAAUUUGCAAUGAGAUCUUAACGUGUCCAUGUUCACCAGAAAUUCGUGUCUAUACAAAAGCCUUGAGUUCUUUAGAACUCAGUACCAAUCUUGCUAAAGAUCUCUUGGUUCUGUUGAAUGAGAUUCUGGAGCAAGUAAAAGAUAGGAUAUGUCUGAGAGCUUUGGAGAAAAUCAAGAGUCAGUUACAAAAAGGAAAUAAAGAUGGUGGUGACCAAGCUGCAGCAGCGCAGGAUGCCGCCGGCAUGACGACUGUUUGUGAAAAUGAGGAAAAGAAUAAAGAAGUAUAUAUAACUCCUCCCAAGGUAAAAGCAACCCGAGCAUCAAAAUCCACUCAGCGGAAGACUGACAGAGGACGGCGAAAAGUGACAGCUUCAGCCAGGAUGAGCAGGAGACGACAGACUUCUGGGACUGACUUGGAAAGUGAUCAUGAAGUUCCAGAGCCAGAAUCAGAAAUGAAGGUGAGAUUACCAAGAAGAGCCAAAACAGCAGCACUAGCAAAAAGUAAACGUAACUUGGAGCAACUUCUCAAUGAAGAAAUGAAUUAGGAGGCGAGAUGAUGGAGGUGGGGUCCUUUUUCAAAUGCCCUUUAAAAUUAUUUUUAGUUCUUUGUUUUAAUAAACUUACCCUCGUGUCAACAUUAGAAAAAUUUUUGCCUGAUGUCUUCUAAGACGUUCUGCUGUGUGAUUCCACGACGUUGGCCUGUACUGGAGCAUCAGGACAAUGUCUGUCAAUGUGCGCCACAAACCACCUGCAUCGGCCACAGUGAUUUCAUCAGAAUCUAAAGUGGGCCCAGGAACCUGCUUCUUAGGCUUUCCAGAGAAUGCAUAUGAACUCUCGUGUUUAAGAAAAUGGCAUUGCGGGCAACUGUCACUAGCUAGUAGUUUGCCUUUGAGAAGCUUGAUUUAGGUGGGGCAGAUCGGACAUAAGUGAACACAGUUACAGAGCCACACCUCAAGGGCAGAUGAAGUACCACAAACUCGCUAGAAAUGAGCUCACUCCCAGGGAGGACUAGUAUAAUGAACCAGAGUACGCAGCAGCCAAGUUCAGCAGUUCUCAUUUUGAUUUUGUUUUGUGUUUCUUACAAUAAAAACAUUUUUGAUAAUGCUACCUGAAUGGGUAAUUUCUCUUCCUAAAAUAUUUGCAUAUGAGAGCCCUAGUUUGCUUGUUUGUGAUGCUGUUUCCUGGGUGGGGAGAUGUUCACAUGUACAUAUUAAUCCUGGACUUGCUUUCUGUGUUUUUUGGCGUAAUAAAAUAUUUACUGUGGAUAAGAAAUACUAGUGGGAAAGGAAUGUGACGGGAAGUUCUCUAUAUACUAAUUUGCGGACACUAUUUCUUCAUUGUCAACUUCACUUAUCUUCUGAAAUUGGCACUUGCCUGACUAUUGAAACAUGUACUGUGUGAAACCAGUCCCCUUUCCUUCUGCAACAUCCAGCAAAACACUUUUUCUUA